GGAAUGUUCCCCUGUAGUUAUACAUAAGUUUCCAAAUAUACCAGCCUCCCUGACAAUCGGUUCAUCUCAAUGUCCCUACACUUGCAAGUUUGUAAGUGACUCCUAGGGACUGUCUCGUCUUCACUUAUGAUCCCCGCCAACCCCAACUACCCAAACGGCAAAAUCCCACUUCCUCGCUGUCCCCAACAAGAUCCCCACUCAAAGAAACCAGAGAGAGAGAGAGAGAAAGAGAGGCAUGCCCAAGCUCAACCCUAAGCUCAGCUCCAUCACUUUCUUCCACCUAUCCCUCCUCUUCAUCCUCAUACAACUCACAAACUGCAAUGGGGUAUCCAUGCUAGGCCUCAGUUCACUGAGAAGCAGCAGUCUUGAUCUUCUUCUGGAGAGGCCAUCAUGCUUGGAGGCCGCCAUUGGUGAGUGUGUGACAGAGCCAGAGAUGGAGUGGGAGAUCAGCCGGAGAGUGCUGGCGGCGCAGCAGAGCAACAAGAGGUACAUCAGCUACGAGACGCUAAGGAGGGACGCGGUGCCGUGCCAGAGGUCGGGGGCAUCCUACUACAAUUGCCCAGGUGGGCAGGCCAAUCAGUACAACAGAGGGUGUGCGAUCAUCACUGGGUGUGCACGAAACGUCAGAGACAUCAAGACUUGAAAGAGUUUCAUCUGUGAGAGAGAGAGAGAGAGAGAGAGAGAGAGAGAUGGUGAUGUGAUCAUUGCUCUGUGAUCUAUUUGAAGUGGUGACACAACGUUAUCGUUUUGAUUUCGCUCUAUGAAAAUAAAGAGAAUUUG